GGAUGCAUUACAGUUGUUCACAAUAGUGUGUUUGAGCACGUGCAUUAUUCUCUCGUGAAAUUAAAAAUAUUAUCAAAACAUGCAGGAAACUAUGAAAAUGGAAAUCGAUGAUAGUGUGGUAAAGGAUGAAAAUGUCGAUGCUCCAGAAAUUAGUUAUGAGGAAAAGCUACGAUUUGUGAAUGCUAUUUCCAAACCCAUGGCAUCGAAGAAGUUAACCAAAAAGAUUUAUAAAUGUAUAAAGAAAGCAUCUAAACAUAAAACUUAUUUGCGUAAUGGUUUAAAAGACGUACAAAAACAUCUUCGUAAAGGUGAAACCGGUUUGGUUGUCUUUGCUGGAGAUGUAUACCCUAUAGAUAUUAUGUGCCACUUACCAAUUGUAUGUGAAGACAAAAACAUUCCUUAUUGUUUCACUCCAUCGAGAAUGGAUAUUGGUGCAGCGAUGAAUAUGAAACGUGGCAGUCUUAUGGUACUCGUCAAGGAACAUCCCGACUACAAGGAACUCUAUGAUGAAAUUAAAGCUGCAAUGAAAGCACUUUCUGCGCCUUUAUAGUUUAUGUAUUUAGGCUAAGUUUGUAUAUUAUUUACUUGUAAUU